AUGAUGAUUACAACUGUUAUAGCCAUGAUCGUUCUAAUUGGUUUAAUAGUUCUUUGGUUACUAAAAACAUUAGGUGUAUUUAAAACGAUUUCAAUUCAAAUUACACAACCACCAUUCAAUCAAUUGACUAUAGUAUAUAAAUUUCAACGUGGUAGUUAUUCGAAAGCAGGUGAUAUAUUCAAUGAUAUUGCUAAAUAUUCAACAUCUCUUGACAAACUUGGAAUUUAUUAUGAUCAUCCUAAAGUGCCAGUUGAAAAACGACGAUUUGCUGUCGGCGCUAUUGUUGAUGAAAUCAAAGAUCGAGAAUUAAUCAAACAAAUGGAGAAAAACAAUUAUAAAGUUUUUAAACUUCCAGAGUUCGAUCGAUCGGUUUAUACAACAUUUCCAUUCAAGAAUAUUCUAUCGAUUUUUAUUGCAGUUAUGAAAGUUCCUUAUCGAUUAGGUGAUUAUAUUCAGGCAAAGAAAAUCGAAGCUCAUCCAUUUUUAGAGAUUUACAAACGACCAUUAAUUCAUUUUGUUGUCCCAUUGAGUGAUUUCGAUGCUUACAAUGUUCCUGAAAUCAGCAAUGAAUAA